AUGCCAGACUUUCGUCGUCUUUUCGCCCUUGCCAAGGUCCUCACCUGCAGCUGCUUCAGUAGUCGCAAGCCUACCAAGACCCAACGUUAUCAAGUCGACAACGCUCGAGCUCCCCCUGGACAAGAAGUCCAAAAUCGGCCUGCUCCGUGUCAACACUAUGGUAUUUCCCCAUCCCCCUUUGAUGUGCUUCCUGAUCCUGACAAUUUCGAGAUCGUCGACGAAGAUGACAACUCUACAGCUGGUACUGCGGAGAAGGAGAAGGAGAGCAAGGAAAAGGCCAAGGUUACCUAG